UCUAUGUCAAAAAGGAAGAAAAAGAGGGAAAAAAAAACGAAUUUGCCGCCGGUUCUCUUCUUCACCUGUCGGGCAUCGCCGCCGGUUGAAUCUCCGAUCAGUGGUGUCUUGUUCAUGCCGAACGCCGGUGGUGGGAGGACUUUGUGUCGGGGUUUGUGGGGGGCGGUUGGAAUUAUUCUAAGAAGACUAAUUUUGUGAUUUAUUGUUCUUAUCAAGAAAGGCCCAAUUACGCUAAAACCCCUACUUUCUCCCCAUUAAUGCACGUGAAUUCGACUGGUUCUCUCACUCAAGUGCAUUUUUGCGUCUGAAUUUGAGCAUUCAACGGCCGAACCUACCCACCCCCAUAGCAGAGUUGACUUGAUGCAUUUGGCUCUCGUGAAAGGCACAUUUGUCUACGAAUUUUUCGAUUUCUCUUCACUGUCUCUGUUGCUGGAAAUGUGAUCUUCCUCUGCUGAAUCUGUACCAUUUUGCCCUUUCUAUCAUUCUAGAUACUGUUGAAAUAUAUCAAGUUGUUUACGAUAUCUUCUUAGCCACUUGGGGGAUUUUUCUCAAUCUUCAACUGUAAAGGUUCUCUAAAGUAUGCGUAGAAUUGUUGGCGAAGUAUGUCGAUGAUGAAAAUUCCGAAGCGUUAUUGGAUCGUUCUUUUAACGUUUAUCUGCACAUCUGUUUGUUAUGUGGAACGUGUUGGCUUUUCGAUUGCUUAUACAUUUGCAGCUGAUGCUGUGGGGGUAGAUCAAUCAAGCAAAGGUACUAUACUUUCAACGUUUUACUAUGGGUAUGCCUGUUCCCAGGUUCCUGGUGGAUGGGCCGCUCAAAAAAUUGGAGGAAGAAGGGUUCUUCUGAUCUCAUUUAUUUUAUGGUCCUUGACCUGUGCAUUAGUCCCACUCGAUCCGAGUCGGGUGAUGGUCUUGGUAAUUGCUCGGUUACUCGUUGGUGUGGCACAGGGUUUCAUCUUCCCCUCAAUCCACACUGUUUUAGCACAGUGGGUUCCUCCUCACGAGAGAUCUAGAUCUGUUUCUCUUACAACCUCAGGAAUGUACUUAGGUGCCGCUGCUGGAAUGCUUAUCCUUCCGAGCCUGGUAAAGUAUAGAGGGCCUCAGUCGGUAUUUGCUGCCGAGGCGUUGUUAGGUGCCACAUGGUCUGUGCUAUGGCUCAUGUAUGCAAGCGAUCCUCCACGUUCUGAACAUGCCAAAGCUGUUGCUGCUGGUUUUGGUGAAUCUCUGCUGCCAAUGAAAGGAAACCAUAAAGUAAAAGUAGAGGAUAGAGGAACUUCAACACGAACCUCGAACAUCCCAUGGAAGAAAAUCUUGUUGAGCUUGCCAGUUUGGGCGAUCGUUGUAAACAAUUUUACCUUCCAUUAUGCGUUAUAUGUAUUGAUGAACUGGCUGCCUACCUACUUUGAGCUUGGUCUUCAACUUAGUCUCCAGGAGAUGGGUUCUUCUAAGAUGUUGCCUUACCUUAACAUGUUCUUGUUCUCGAAUAUUGGUGGGAUAGCUGCUGAUCACUUGGUUACCAAAAGAAUAUUAUCUGUUACUCGAACUCGGAAAUUCUUGAACACAAUAGGCUUUGCUGUAGCAUCGCUGGCACUGAUGGCUAUCCCCAUGUUCAGAACUUCUGGGGGGGCUAUCUUCUGCUCAUCUGUGGCUCUUGGUUUCUUAGCUUUAGGGAGAGCAGGAUUUGCUGUGAAUCAUAUGGAUAUCGCUCCUCGAUAUGCCGGUAUUGUCAUGGGAGUUUCGAACACUGCUGGUACGUUAGCUGGUAUUAUUGGUGUCGGUUUAACUGGCAAACUACUGGAAGCUGCAAAGGCUUCCAAUUCAGAUCUCUCAAGUCCAGAAAGCUGGAGAGCUGUUUUCUCCAUUCCAGGGCUGCUCUGCAUUCUUAGCUCUAUUGUAUUUUUGCUCUUCUCAACCGGUGAGAGAAUUUUCGACUGAGGUAACCUUCCUUUUUUCUUCAUGGAAACUGCCUCACAAUCACCAUUCAUAUAAUGAUUUGUGAUCUUCACACUGAGUGUAUUUACAAACUUUCAAAUGCCAGAAAGAGUUUAUAGUGGCGUGUAGGAUAGGAGGAGGAAAGCUUAUUAUUUCAUAUGCUACAUGUUUCAAUUUCUAAGUUAAAAGUUUUUUCUUUUCUAUAACAUAAAGAAUGUACCAUGAUUUAACAUCAUUGUAGUUGAUGAUUGAUAUUUCUGUGACAUUUGUCUCGUGGACUGCAUAGCUUCUAUGUGAAAAUAAAGUCUGUGGAACUACAAAUUUGUAAUUGUGUACGAUAUAUUGGGAUCAUUUCCGAUUUCUUCAACUGAUCCUGUAGAUUUUGAUAUGAAUGAUAUGUCUACAUAUUUUA